AUGGAUAAGUUCUCCCAGUUCGCAAGCGAGGUUGAUUUCUCCAAAACCAGCUUCCAGAUUGCACUCGUCUCAAUUGCCUUCAAUCCUACUUUUUGGAACAUUGCGGCAAGAGUGGAAUACAAGACGCAUUUACUCACCAAGCUUGCUUUGGGAAAACCCAAGCUUGGAUGCUAUUUAUUGGCUAUCAUCAUCUUUUCGAUUGGCCUUCUUCGUGAUUUUUUGUACGAGAAGGCCCUUUCUGAACAGCCAGUGUCUACAUUGUUGCUGACUCCAUAUGCAAAAGCGCUCGGAGCUCUUUCAUUCGGGUUCGGCAACAUUUUGGUGCUCUCCUCGAUGUACAAGCUGGGUAUCACCGGCACUUAUCUGGGUGAUUACUUUGGGAUUUUGAUGGACGAUAGAGUCACUGACUUCCCAUUCAAUGUUACCAACAAUCCCAUGUACAACGGAUCCUUCUUAUGCUUUUUGGGCACUGCUUUGUGGUACGGAAAGCCAGCAGGUAUUUUCGCCAGUGCUUUCGUCCAUGUUAUGUACAGCAUUGCUCUCAAGUUCGAAGAACCAUUUACCGCCAAGAUUUACGCGCUGCGCGACGCUAAAAAAGAGUGA